AUGGUGCAGCAAGAUGUAACCGUGCAGACGGCCUCAGGCCGCCUCCACAUGACCACUAUUGAUCUUAAUCUUUAUCCGGCCUUUACGGGAGGAGGCGUCAGAUCUGGAACAACAAACCUUGAUGGAACAUUUUUGGCCUUCUCCGGGUCUGAUCUGACGAGCGAGCGUCCGUCCCAGCUCACCUCCACCCAACUUGCUGCCACCGUCAGCACCGCCUGCACGCCCCCAAAAGUCAACACCGCCUGCACGCCCCCAAAAGCCAACAGUCAACACCGCCUGCAUGCCCCCAAAAGCCAACAGUCAACACCGCCUGCAUGCCCCCAACAGCCAACAGCCAACACCGCCUGCACGCCCCCAACAACCAACAGUCAACACCGCCUGCACGCCCCCAACAGCCAACAGUCAGCACCGCCUGCAUGCCCCCAACAACCAACAGCCAACACCGCCUGCACGCCCCCAACAACCAACAGUCAACACCGCCUGCACGCCCCCAACAACCAACAGUCAACACCGCCUGCAUGCCCCCAACAACCAACAGUCAACACCGCCUGCACGCCCCCAACAACCAACAGCCAACACCGCCUGCACGCCCCCAACAACCAACAGUCAACACUGCCUGCACGCCCCAACAACCAACAGUCAACACCGCCUGCACGCCCCAACAACCAACAGUCAACACCGCCUGCAUGCCCCCAACAGCCAACAGUCAACACCGCCUGCAUGCCCCCAACAGCCAACAGUCAACACCGCCUGCAUGCCCCCAACAGCCAACAGUCAACACCGCCUGCACGCCCCCAACAGCCAACAGUCAACACCGCCUGCACGCCCCCAACAACCAACAGCCAACACCGCCUGCACGCCCCCAACAACCAACAGUCAACACCGCCUGCAAGCCCCCAACAACAAACAGUCAACACCGCCUGCACGCCCCCAACAACCAACAGCCAACACCGCCUGCACGCCCCCAACAACCAACAGUCAACACCGCCUGCACUCCCCCAACAGCCAACAGUCAGCACCGCCUGCAUGCCCCCAACAACCAACAGCCAACACCGCCUGCACGCCCCCAACAACCAACAGUCAACACCGCCUGCAUGCCCCCAACAACCAACAGUCAACACCGCCUGCACGCCCCCAACAACCAACAGCCAACACCGCCUGCACGCCCCCAACAACCAACAGUCAACACCGCCUGCACGCCCCAACAACCAACAGUCAACACCGCCUGCACGCCCCAACAACCAACAGUCAACACCGCCUGCAUGCCCCCAACAGCCAACAGUCUACACCGCCUGCACGCUCCCAACAACCAACAGUCAACACCGCCUGCACGCCCCCAACAGCCAACAGCCAACACCGCCUGCACGCCCCCAACAACCAACAGUCAACACCGCCUGCACUCCCCCAACAGCCAACAGUCAGCACCGCCUGCAUGCCCCCAACAACCAACAGCCAACACCGCCUGAACGCCCCCAACAACCAACAGCCAACACCGCCUGCACGCCCCCAACAACCAACAGUCAACACCGCCUGCACGCCCCCAACAACCAACAGUCAACACCGCCUGCACGCCCCCAACAACCAACAGUCAACACCGCCUGCACGCCCCCAACAAUCAACAGUCAACACCGCCUGCACGCCCCCAACAACCAACAGCCAACACCGCCUGCACGCCCCCAACAACCAACAGCCAACACCGCCUGCACGCCCCCAACAACCAACAGUCAACACCGCCUGCACGCCCCCAACAACCAACAGUCAACACCGCCUGCACGCCCCCAACAACCAACAGUCAACACCGCCUGCACGCCCCCAACAACCAACAGUCAACACCGCCUGCACGCCCCCAACAACCAACAGCCAACACCGCCUGCACGCCCCCAACAACCAACAGCCAACACCGCCUGCACGCCCCCAACAACCAACAGCCAACACCGCCUGCACGCCCCCAACAACCAACAGUCAACACCGCCUGCACGCCCCCAACAACCAACAGUCAACAACGCCUGCACGCCCCCACAGCCAACAGUCAACACCGCCUGCAUGCCCCCAACAACCAACAGUCAACACUGCCUGCACACCCCCAACAACCAACAGCCAAGCAGGACUUCCUCUCUUGCAACAAACGUGCCGUAA